AUGUCCGCCACUACCGGCACAGUCCGCUCUCUCGCUGAACUGACCAACGUCUUGAGCGAGAGCAAGUCGCCCUAUCUCUUGCAGCACCAGGACAAUCCCGUGGCGUGGCAAGAGUUCAAUCCCGCUACUCUUGCUUUGGCAGCAGAGCUUCAACGGCCAAUUUUCCUGUCAUCCGGCUACUCGGCAUGUCACUGGUGCCAUGUCCUCGCGCACGAGUCUUUCGAGAACGCACAGAUCGCCAAGGUGAUGAAUGAGAACUUCAUCAAUAUCAAGAUCGACCGCGAAGAAAGGCCAGACGUGGACAGGCUGUACAUGCAAUAUCUGCUGGCGAUGGGGAAAGGAGGUGGAUGGCCGCUGAGCGUAUUCCUUACCCCUACCCUAGAGCCCUUCUUUGCUGGGACCUACUUUCCUCCCAAGCAGUUCCGGGCCCUCCUCGAGCGUGUCGCCGAUCUAUGGGAGGACGACCGAGAUCAGUGCGAGAAGCUCGGGCGAGAUGUCAUCGCGUCGAUGAAAGAGAUGAGCGCUGAGUCUUCUUCGAGAACCCCAUCAUCGCUCAAAGCCAUACUCGAUUCUCAUCCCGCCAACAAGCUGUACACCCACCUCCGAACAUCGUACGAUCCCGAACAUGGCGGCUUUUACCAGUCAGCAAGGAUGCGCUCUGGCCCCAAAUUCCCAAGUCCCUCGCUGACGCUGGAACCUCUCGCCCGAAUAGCGCUAUGGGGCGGAAGACCAGGAGAUCGUCCGCCACUCGGUGUAGCCGCUAGCACAGCUCACAAUGGCCCGGAACUCGUCAGAGAGCAGAGCAGGGUGAUGGGUGUGCGGAUGUUAAGGGCUAUAAGGGAAGGUGGGGUCCGUGACUGGGUAGGGGGCGGAGUCGCGAGGUAUAGCGUGGAUGAGAAGUGGAAGGUUCCGCACUUUGAGAAGAUGCUAUAUGAUCAAGCACAGCUCGUAUCCUCUUCACUUGACUUUGCACUCCUCUCUGACCCCUCAUCGCCAGGUCUUGAGCCGGACGAGCGGGAAACCAGAACAGCAGACCGGAAACGCUGCUUUGACCUCGCAGCGGACAUACUGGGGUACUGUCUGCGCGACCUGCGCAGUCCAGGCGGUGGAUUUUACACUGCUGAGGACGCGGAUUCGGCCCAAGAGAGGGGCGGCAAGAAGUCCGAGGGGGCAUUUUACGUCUGGACAAGAGAAGAGAUCGAGGAAGUGCUCGGAAGGGAAGAUGCGUCGGUAUUCGCCUACUUCUUUGGCGUCAAGGCGGACGGGAAUGUCAAUCCUGAGCAUGACGCCCACGGCGAGUUGACCGGCAUGAACAUUCUGUACCAAGCGAGAUCAGUCCGCGAUGUCGCUACAAAAUACAAACUCAGCGAGGAAGAGGCGACCGAGAAGAUACAGCUGGGAUGCGCACGGCUCAAGAAGCGGAGAGACGAGACAAGGGAACGGCCGGGUCUGGACGACAAGAUCUUGACGUCAUGCAAUGGACUCAUGAUGACAGCUCUGGCCAAAGCCAGCACAUACCUGCCUUCCGGGUAUGCUGUCGAAUCCCGCUGCGCCGAAGCUGCGGAUGGCAUCGUCCGCUUCAUCAAGAAGGAGAUGUGGGAUGAUCAGGAUAAGAAGCUAUGGCGGUCAUAUCGGGAGGGGCGCGGGACAAUCGGACAGACCGACGACUAUGCGUUCUUGAUCCAAGGCCUCCUUCACAUGUACGAAGCCACAUACUCCCCCUCCUACCUGUCCUUCGCGAUCGCCCUUCAGUCGGCCCAGGACGACCUCUUCUGGGACCCCUCCCCUCCACACGGCUACUUUGCCUCUGCACCCGACCAGCAUGUCCUCAUCCGGCUCAAGGACACGCAAGACGGGGCUGAGCCCUCCGCGACCAGCGUAUCGGUGCACAAUCUCGCUCGGCUGGCGCUAUACGCGAGCGACAGGUUUGAGGCGUACGAGAAGCAGGCGGAAGAUGUGUAUUUGAGCAUAGGGGAGGAGUUGGGGAGUGUGCCGAGGGCUUGGGGAGGGGUCGUGGCGGGUCUGAUGCAGCUUGAGAGGGGAUGGAGGGAGUUCGUCGUCACCGGUUCGGACGCAGAGGCCAAGCCAUACCUCGACCUCCUGAGGGAGAGCUACAUGCCCAACAAGGUUGUUAUUCGGAUCGAUCCCGACAAUCCACCUUUCGAGCUCGGCGAGGUCAACGCGACGGUCAACGCACUGCUGAGCGAGAAGAAGGCUGGAUUGAGGGUCUGCGAGGCAGGGGUGUGCGGCAUACCAAUCGUAGACUUGGAGGAAGCAGCCAGAGCCAUCCGCGGAGAAUAG